AUGGCGCCGGGAGGUGGGACACCCCCGCAGGAGGCGGUGGAUGCCGUCGCCUACUUCAACGAGGCGUGGACGCCUUACCACGCCGUGCUGGCCACGUGCAGGCGCCUCAUCGACGCCGGAUACGAGAUCAACGAGCGCGACGCGUGGACGCUGAAGCCCGGCGGCAAGUACUUCUUCACCCGCAACAUGUCCGCGGUGUGCGCCUUCGCCGUGGGCGGUUCCCACGUACCCGGAUCCGGCUUCGUCGUCGUCGGCGCGCACACAGACUCGCCGUGCCCCAAGCUGAAGCCCAACACCAAGGCGAGCUCGGAGAGGUUCCUGCAGGUCAGGACGCAGAACUACGGCGGCGGGUUGUGGUACACGUGGUUCGACCGCGACCUCGGCGUCGCCGGACGCGUCGUCGUCAAGCGCGCGGGCGUCGACGAGAAGGCGCGACACGCGCUCGUCAAGAUCGAUCGACCCGUCAUGCGCAUCCCGUCGCUCGCGAUACACCUCAACCGCGAGAUGAACAACGGGUUCGCGGUCAACUUCCAGCAGCACAUGGUACCGAUCAUCGCCAACGCCGCGGAGGCUGCGCUCGGUGUCGGAUCCGUCGACGCCCCCGAACCCAAGAGGGCCAAGGCGUCCGACGAAGGAGCCUCCGAGAAGAACGCCGGUCGCCACCACCCGGCGCUCCUGGAGCUCGUCGCCGAGGCGGCCGGGUGCGACCCGGCCGACGUGUGCGACUUCGACCUGCAGCUCUGCGACGUGCAGCCGAGCACGAUCGGGGGCGCUAAGAACGAGUACAUCUUCAGCGGCAGGCUCGAUAACCUCGCGUCGUGUUACGCGUCCCUCGCCGCCUUGAUCAAGGCGACGAGCGACGACGGAUCUAACCUCGCCGAGGAGACCGGGAUCCGUAUGCUCGUUCACUACGACCACGAGGAGGUGGGCAGCGACUCCGCGCAAGGAGCCGGUUCGUCGAUGACCGAGGACGCCAUGCGACGCGUGUGUCGCGCGCUCGGCGGCGACGACGUCGAGGGCGCGGCGGAGCGUUCGCGACGCAAGUCGUUCAUCGUCUCCGCCGACAUGGCGCACGCGGUGCAUCCGAAUUACGCGGACAAGCACGAGCCCGGGCAUCGCCCGAGGUUCGGCGACGGCGUCGUCAUCAAGCACAACGCCAACCAGCGGUACGCCACCGACGCGGUCACCGCGUGGCUCUUUCGCGAGCUGGGCGAACGCGCGGGCGUCCCCGUGCAGGAAUUCGUGGUUCGUUCCGACUUGGGUUGCGGUUCCACGAUCGGGCCGAUCCUGUCGACGCGGACGGGGAUUCGAACGGUGGACGUGGGUGCGCCGCAGCUGUCGAUGCACAGCGUGAGGGAGAUGUGCGGGUGCGACGACGUGAAGCACUCGGUGGCGCAUUUCACCGCGGUGUACGAGGGUUUCACGAAGCUCGACGAGACGCUCAUGGUGGACGGCGCCGUCGGAAACCUGUGCCGCCCGUGCGACUGA